AUGUAUGGAGCGUACCAGCAUGGGAAGCUAUCCGCAUCAGAUCGAUUGCCAGAAAAUAAAUGCAGUAGCAGAAUCAUUGUGACUACUCGGAUAGAGACGGUGGCCAAAGCAAGUAGUGUUUCAGAGAACCUUGUCCAUCAUAUGAAAUCCCUAGAAGUGUGCCGGGUGCAUGAUAUGAUGCUUGAAGUCAUGGUGUCCAAAUCUCGAGAUGCCAACUUUGUUACCUUGGUAGGACGGCAAUACGAAGUGGGAUUGUCAGGUAGCAAGGUUCGCCGCCUCACUGUCCAUGACAAUGACGGCAAGGAUCACAUUAGUUCACACAAGAAGGAAGUGGAGCAGCCGCAUCAUGCAAGGCAUGGCAUUGAGACUAUGAACCUACAACAAGUCCGAUCACUGACUAUAUUUCAGUCGAAAGGCCUUGAGAGGCUGCUGGAUCGACUAGGCGAGUUCAAGUUGCUGAGGGUACUUGAUCUGGAACAUUGCAAGGCUCUGCAAGACAAGCAUAUGAGAGAUGUCUGCCGGUUGUAUCUUCUAAGGUUCUUGAGCUUGAGGGGUACAUCAAUCAGCGUGGUGCCAAGCAAAAUCGGUGACCUAGAGUAUUUGGAGACUCUGGAUAUUGGAAGUAGGAAGAUCUGCACCAUGCCGCCAACCGUGACAAAGCUGCGUAGACUUGAGCACCUGAGGGUGUCAAGGUGGACUAUGCCACGGGGGCUAGGGAACAUGAAGGCGCUGCGCGAGGUGAGUUGGGCCCUACUCGAAGGUGACGUUCAGGACGCCCGAGAGAUCGGUGAGCUGCAGCAGUUGCAGGUGCUAUGUAUUUUUGUGGCCAAGUCCGAAGAGGAGUUUUCGCGUGCGCUUGGCUCCUCCCUGACCCUGAGCAAGACAUGCGCCCUCCAAUCGCUCCGCCUGCGUUCCACAAGGACACUGGACUUUCUUCUUCACGUAUCCUCACCGCCACCACUCCUCUGCCAUCUUACUAUGAUAGGGCCCAUUAGUCGAUUUCCUGAUUGGAUCUCGUCACUCAAGCACCUUACAGAAUUUUCGGCGACAUUCGUCGAGCUUGCUGGCGACCAGAUACUUGAUUCCCUGUCUAAGUUGCCCAGUCUGCAGAGCAUCCAACUGGGGUACCGGAGCUGCAGAGACCGAGAACUCGCUGCACGCACUACACACAAUUUUCCAGCUCUGAGGAUCCUGGAUCUGUACCUAGCUAGAGAACAUCCCAAAGUAGUCAAAUUUGAGCAAGGGUCAAUGACAAAGCUCGAGACGCUUCUAUUGCAGUUCUCUGAGGAAGAGAGGAGCAUUGUAGGCCUUGAGAACUUGAAGAACCUUAAAAAGGUCAAGCUUAGUGGUUGGAAAAACUACCCGCCGCUGGAACGUGCAGUGGAGCGGCUCAAGGUGGAGAGUGAGAAUCGCCCCAAGUCCAACCAGAUCAAAGUUGUAGUGAGGUCCUGGUGA